UUCGGUGGGCUCACCAUGACAGGCCCCGCGCCCGGGCGGCGGCUGCGGUGGCUGGCCGCGCUGGCCCUGGUCCUGGCGCUGGCCGCGGGGCUCCUCGCAGCCGGGGCCGGGCAGGCGCCGCGCCCUGCCGAGCGGGGUCCUCCGGUGCGGCUCUUCACGGAGGAGGAGCUGGCCCGCUACGGCGGGGAGGAGGAAGAUCAGCCCAUCUACAUGGCAGUCAAAGGGGUGGUGUUCGAUGUCACUUCUGGAAAGGAGUUUUACGGACGAGGAGCCCCCUACAACGCCUUGACCGGGAAGGACUCCACCAGAGGGGUGGCCAAGAUGUCCCUGGAUCCUGCAGACCUCACCCACGACACUACGGGGCUCACAUCCAAGGAGCUGGAAUCCCUGGAUGAUGUCUUCACCAAAGUGUACAAAGCCAAAUAUCCCAUCGUUGGCUACACAGCCCGAAGAAUCCUCAACGAGGACGGCAGCCCCAACCUGGACUUCAAGCCUGAAGACCAGCCACAUUUCGACAUAAAGGACGAGUUCUGAUCUGCAGGAGACCGUUCUUGGGAGGGUGAGGCAGGGAGACACUCAGAUGCAAACUCUCCUGCCAAACAGGCUGCUGGGGCCUCUGGUCACCGGAUCUGAAUAAAGCAGACGUUUAACCUGGAA